AGAAUGGAGAAAAUGUUGAACGUGGAGAUGUUAGGUUAGGCUUCCACAUGGCGAAAAUAGACCUUUUCAAUUCAUGGAUGCGUAGCAGAAGAAAGUAGUUGGGGGCAGUUGGGAAAUGACGAUGCAGUGUUCAUUUCUUCUCUCUUUCUCUCUCACACACAGACACACACUUUCUUGCCAGAAGCCAUGGGCAACACAUCUUCCAUGCUCACCCAAUACGACAUCGAAGAGGUUCAGCAACACUGUCAACACGCUUUUACGCAGCAGGAGAUUGUUUCUCUGUACCAACGCUUCUGUCAACUCGAUCGCAACAACUGUGGUUUUAUCUCUUCUGAUGAAUUCCUCUCCAUUCCCGAAUUCGCCGUCAAUCCUCUCUCUCAGAGUUUGUUGAGGAUGCUGGACGGAUUGAACUUCAAGGAAUUCGUGGCCUUCUUGUCUGCCUUCAGUCCCCGCGCCACUCUACACCAAAAAAUUCAAUUCAUUUUCAAGUUGUAUGAUACCGAUUGCAAUGGAAAAGUGACCUUCCAUGACAUGCUCAGGGCUUUGAGGGAUUUGUCAGGAUCCUUCAUGUCUGAGCAACAGAGAGAGGAAGUUCUGACACAGGUCCUUGAGGAAGCUGGCUAUGCAAAGGAUUCUUCAUUAGUCUUGUCUGACUUCGUGAAGGGUCUGAACAUAGAUGUGGAGAAGGAAAUCAAGUAACAAUGCAAUGAUGACUUGAUAAUGUCAAAUGGGAGUUCUAUUUUAUAGAUUUAUCCUGUAAAUUAGAAGGCCCAGUUGCCCAUAUGAUGCAUAUAUAUUAGCUUGCAGUGGUAAAGGUCUCUUACUUACACCUGCCAAUAUGUUAAACCAAGGUAAUAUUUUCAUUUGGUUUAUAGGUCGCAAUUAGCAUAAAACUCAUGAUUGUCCCUUGGUCAGUGGAUAUUGCAUUUUCAUACUCAUGACUGUCUAAGGGUCAUACAACAGAAUUCUAGCUCAUGAUUGUUUGAGGGUCUUACCCUCAUACGACCCAUUCUUGUUUUACACCGUGCAUACUGAAAACUGCUCUUAGUUUGACAUCUGUUACUGUGCUACCUUUCAUAUGGAAAUGCUUGACCAUCAUCCCUUUUGC